CAGGUCUCGUGCCCUCAGGCGGAGCGGCGGGCGCCGGACCCCCAGGCGGAGCGACAGGUCUCGGGCCCCCAGGCGGAGCGGCGGGCGCCGGACCCCCAGGUGGAGCGACAGGUCUCGGGCCCUCAGGCGGGAGCGGCGGGCGCCGGACCCCAGGUGGAGCGACAGGUCUCGGGCCCUUUUCUCGGGCCCUCAGGCGGAGCGGCGGGCGCCGGACCCCCAGGUGGAGCGACAGGUCUCGGGCCCUCAGGCGGAGCGGCGGGCGCCGGACCCCCAGGCGGUGCGACAGGUCUCGGGCCCUCAGGCGGAGCGACAGGUCUCGGGCCCCCAGGCGGGGCGGCGGGUGCCGGACCCCCAGGUGGAGCGGCGGGCGCUGGACCCCCAGGCGGAGCGACAGGUCUCGGGCCCCCAGGCGGAGCAGCGGGCACCGAGUCACCAGGCACGACAGUGGGC